CUGUUUCAAUGGCGUUUCGCUUCCUUGUCCGCUCCAAGAACAACCGACUCACUAUCUCAGCUUUAUGUCGCACCAUUCCUUCUUGCUUCUUCUCUUCCAGAUGCCGAGGACUCCCUUUCACCCUACCUUCACAGUCACCUCCCUCCCCAAAGAAGGUCCCUUUCACCGUCUCAGUGCACGGCAAGACGUGGCAAGACCCUUAUCAUUGGAUGUCCAACACUGAGGACCCAGAUCUCUUAGAUCAUCUCAACCAUGAAAACACCUACGCCCAAGCUUUCAUGGCCGAUACCCUCAAUCUGCAAUCCUCUUUGUCGUCGGAGAUGAGAAGUCGAAUACCCACUUCCAUUUCCACUCCCCCUGAGCGUUGGGGACCCUGGCUGUAUUACGAGUACAUUCCAGAGGGAAAGGAAUAUCCUGUACUGUGUCGGAGGCGAGGAACAGAGAGAACAAGCUGGUUGAAGACCUUUCUCCAUUAUUCAAUUCUGAGAUCAACACAGGAGGAAGUCCUGCUUGAUUGGAAUGAACUUGCUGAGAAAUAUGGGUAUGUCCAUGUUGGUACAUGCAGAGUUUCACCUGAUCAUAACUAUCUUGCGUACACAGUUGAUAUUUCUGGUGGUGAACGAUUCAUGCUUCAGGUGAAGGAUCUCAGAAGCGGAUUUACAGAUCCAAAAUUUGGAGUCGAAGGUGUUGUUAAUGUGGCAUGGGCACAGGAUGGAAGUUCUCUCUUUUAUACUCUGUCAGAUGAAAACCAGAGACCUUACAGGGUUCUCUACAGAAAACUUGCCAAUGAUCAUGUGAACGAUCUCCCUGUAUUUACCGAGAGUGACUCCAGUUUUUGUGUGGACAUAACAAGCACAAAAGAUGGCAAGUUCAUAACUGUGAAUUCAAACUCAAGGACUUCAUCCGAGGUUUAUGUUAUAAAUGCUGCAAAUCCUAUGGAUGGACUAGAAAGAAUAUGUAAGCGUGCAUCUGGUGUGCAGUACUUUGUGGAACAUCAUUAUGGCUUAUUUUAUAUACUUACAAAUGCUCCAAUUUCGGAGGGUAAUUGGUCUGGUAAAGACCUUUAUCUGGCUCGACGCCGAGUUGGAGAUAUAGAAUGUGCUAGCUGGCAGAAUGUCAUUCUUCCUCCUAAAGAUAUGAGCAUAUGUGAUAUGGACAUUUUUAAUGGACAUCUGGUUCUUCUCUUCAAUAAGAAAGGCGUUCCUGUGCUAUGUUCCUUGAAUUUACCUGUUAAAAAUGAUUGCAAGUAUCAGAUAGAUAUUGAGGACCUUAGACCCUGGUACUUUCCUAUGCCAUCAACUGCAUGCAGUGCCGUUCCUGGUUCAAAUCAUGACUUUAUGAAUACAGUUUACCGUGUGGUGCUUUCAUCACCUGUGAUGCCCGAUGUGAUUGUGGAUUAUGACAUGUCAAAGCAUGCAUACUCGAUAGUGCAUCAAGAGGAAGUAAAUGGUGCUUCUGUUGGUCAGUCGUACGUUCCGAUUUUUGAGAAUGAGGAUAAAAUUCAAGAGGCAUACAAUGUAAGAAAUGGUUGCACAACAAAUUCUGGUUCCAAGACCUGGAGAGACUUUUCUCAUGCAUACUGCUGCCAGAGAGAGGAAGUUAUUUCCUAUGAUGGUGUGGGGAUUCCUCUGACCAUUGUGUACUCUAGAGAAUCGUGGAAGAAGGGUGAAUCUCCAGGAAUCUUGCUAGGUUAUGGGGCAUAUGGAGAAGUUUUGGAUAAGAGCUGGUGUGUAAACCGCCUGAGUUUACUAGACCGUGGUUGGGUGGUAGCAUUUGCUGAUGUAAGAGGUGGCGGUGGAGGCACUGAUUCUUCAUGGCAUCAAUCUGGAAGUGGAUUGAACAAACAAAAUUCAAUAUAUGACUAUGUGUCAUGUGGCCAAUACCUGGUUAAUGAGGGUUUUGUUCACAGAGAUCAGCUUGGUGCCAUUGGAUGGAGUGCAGGAUGCCUUGUUGUGGGCGCGGCUAUGAAUAUGUAUCCAGAUCUCUUUCGAGCCACCAUAUUAAAGGUGCCAUUUCUUGAUAUAUGCAACACAUUGUUGGACCCUAGUUUGCCUCUUACAAUCCUUGACUAUGAAGAAUUUGGAAAUCCUCAAGGACAGUCCCAAUUCAACUCAAUUUUCGAGUACUCACCUUAUGACAAUAUUUCUGAAGGCCGAUGUUAUCCUUCAGUCCUCGUCACAUCAGCACUGAAUGAUUCAAGGGUUGGGGUUUGGGAAGGUGCCAAGUGGGUGGCUAAAGUACGAGAUAGUACCUGUUCUAACUGUUCUCGAGCGGCUAUCAUGAAGACGAGCAUGAUAGGAGGACAUUUUGGUGAAGGUGGUCACUAUGGUCAUUGCGAUGAAGCAGCUUAUGAAUAUGCCUUUUUGAUGAAAACUUUUGCCAUUCUCUACAAUCAAGUAAACUCAUCUGACGAACUGUAGUGAGGUUGUCUUGAAUCAGUGGAAGUCUUUCCUUAGAGUUGAAGAAAAGAUGUCUACAAGAUCACAUUUGGAACCUACAAUUUGCAGUUUGUGCUCAGAGAGGUAAAAAAAUAUUUCACAUUAUAUAAAGGGAAAAUUGCUGGAAAAUCCUCUAUUGCAAAAUUUAUUGUCCAAAGUUGCAUGAAAUUUGUUUAAGAUCCAGGUGCAACCGAUCUUUGGUGGGUGCAAGUCUUUUUCAGUUUUGCGCAAUUCUGUACAUAGAUGGAGAUGUGUUGCACCUGUUGCACCCACUUAUGGACCUAGGUUCUUAGGGGAGAAACUGGAUUGGAUGGCUGUGAAAACCGAAAAGGAAAAAGUUGAGACUCUGAAGAUUGAAUGAUUUUGAUCUCAUUCAACAGAAAGUCCUUCCUUGUAACACACAAGGUGAAUGAGGGGAUGAAACUGACAGUGAAGUUGCGUUUGGGAAGCUGGUCUUUUGAUGCCAAAUGAAGCUUUAAAUUGUGACAUGAUAAUUUCACGACAAUUCAUACUUUUCACUUUCAAGCAAGAACUCACAUUGGCCCUGGACUGUACUUGUAAUUUACCUCUUUCUUUUUAUAAGAAAUAAUUAUUGGUUAUAAAUAAUAAA